GAUUCGUAACCGUUUAUUUAACCUAUCUUUGACAAUAGGAAAUGCAGACAUUAGAAAUCCCUCAGAGCUAAAUCUGAUGGUGCCUGGAUAAGCCGUUUUCUGAAAUUUCUUACCAAUUCAUUCAUUUGAAGAACUUUCAUAUUAUACACAUUGUGAACUACAAAGUAUUGUUUACACGUCUUUAUAUCGUUCAUUACUGAUUUAGGAGACAUAAUCUGUUCUUAAUCUCCUGAGUUUUAUAGUGUAUUUUAUUGUAAACACUAUCAGGUUAAGCUAUUUUUCCAACACAAUCGUCGGAUAGGCUACAUUAUAACCGGUUGUGUAGUAGAGAUCUUAAAUACUUUGGAAUUGUUUCUAAACCUACCUGAUGAAUACAGAAGAAACUAUGAUACUUUCAGGGGAUACCCAAGUACAUGAGUCAUAUAUUGAAUAUCAGGAUAGUGAUCUGUUCAACCUGGUAUCGAUAGCUGAAGACAACCACUACACACUGAAGUGUGAUAUAGUUAGUGCAGUGUUGGCAUCAGUUAUCAACAAACUUGAAAGAGAAGAUACAAAACGUUUAGGGCUGUUAAUAUGUACAUGUGCUGAAAAGGAUCCAGAAUUUAUCCUCAAAGUUGCUUUUUAUUGUCACAAACAUUUAGGCAUUCAAAAGACAGCCAACUUGUUAAUAUCAAGUGCUUGCUUUUAUGCACAAUGUUGUGCUUUUCUAAGCAAGUAUUUUGAUGCAUGUAUUUGUUCACCUUUGGACUGGAUAGAAGUUGCUGAAUUUUAUGCAUCUUUAAGUGGUGAUUCCAAACUUAAACGAUUACCGAAAGCAUUGAAAAAAUGUAUGAUUUCAAAGUUCCCUGAAUUUGAUCAGUAUCAACUUGCUCAAUGCAAACGCAAAGUUACAACCAACAAUGCAUCUAAAUCAAAGAUGAAUGUGAAGAGUUCAGGUGAUGACCUAGAAGGAGAUAUCAGUGGUGAAGACUCCUCAUUAGAAUUGACAGAGACUCCGUCAAUAUUUUUCUCAUUGAAAUAUCUUGUUCGUAAAUUGCAUAUAUCCAAACCUGUUAAUACUGUUAUGUGCAUUCUUGGAAAGCUGUAUCCAUCCGAUUCUGCUGAAUUUAUUCAGAUGAGUUUGGAGGGCGAAUGGGAUGCUUCAAAGGCUGGAUUACGUAUGAGACUUCCUGGCAAUUCAACAUGGAAAAAGGAGUUAUCUAUUUCAAGCGAGAAGCUUUCCCAUUCGACAAUUCUCCAAAAUCUAGAAAGUAUUAUAACCUCCAACAUCUCUCAAAUACAACAUGAUGUUAUCUUACAGAGCUUAUCAAAGCUAGAGUUGGUCAUAAAAGGUAGACAAUUGCCCAUUACUUACCUUACGGCGUAUAUGACUAUUGAAAGGCUAAAAGAGAAACUUUCGAUCAACACUUACUUACAACGAGUAAAACAUAUACGUCGAGAAAGAAGUAAAGUACAAUUGAAACGGCUACAUAAAAAGAAGCUAUUUCUUAAACGGUGGUACUCAAACGUUAAGCCAUUGAAUUAUAAUCAAGCGCUAUUGGAUAAAUAUUUACUGGCGUUAAGUAAUGCUAUAAACUUGUCGAUUCAUCAUAAUCUAGCACCUAUACGUUGUUCACUUUUGGUCAUUUGUUCUUUGAGCACAGGUUAUGAGCUAUCAAAACCUAGAAGGUCCAAUCGAAUGAAAUCUCUUAUGAAUCUAUUAAAUUUUAUACUUGGUGCAAUGUGUUAUUCAUUAUGCGAAGAACCGAUAAUUUAUGUUGUGGUGAAUAAGAAAUAUGAUGUCACUCCUAUAGAAGAUAUGUUGUUAUGGUUUGAUAAGAAAACGUGGAGUACACCAAGAAGAGAAAAAGAAACAUUAUUGUUUCGAUCAUUGAAUUUACCACUAUUUAGUAAAGCAGAAUUAUUGUACAAACAUCGUGAAUCGUGCUCCUUUUUCCCAUUAUCUUCAAUCCUGAACAAAUUUUGCUCAUUUCGUAAAAAGUUCGAUAAAAUUGUUGUAUUCGGUGACUGUCAUGAGGAUAUUGCCCAAUUCGUUCUAUAUCAUCGGACAAAUAUCGGCCCUAUCAAAGCCAUUUGGAAUAAUGUUAGUGAAAAUGAUAAGUGGUGUUCUUCACUCCCAAUGACGGGAUGGAUAGAGUCAAAAGGGUUGGCAAAUGGUGUUUUUGAAUAUUUAACAUUUUCAGAAGAGAAGAAUUUAGUCGAACAGAUUGACAGAAUAGAUGAAACUUACGGUAUGAAUAUUUCACUAAACUUACCUCGUCAACCUGCUACUCUUGGAGAUUUAAAAAGACAGCCAAAGUGUUUACAAGUGAAAUCUCACGGGACAUUUUGUCGCUUAUACAUAUCUUCUUCAUACGAAGAUAUGCGUACAGAACGAGAUUUGAUUUAUGGUGUUUUAGUUCCAACUUUACGCUGUAAAAUCUCAUCACCUUUGAAGAUUUGCCUUGAUCACGUUGAUUUACGUCUUGGUGCUGUUGAUGAAGCAUUUAUUUGUAAUGCGAAAGCUUUAGAAAUAUGUUUGAAACAAACAGCAGCGUGUGAUAUAUUUGUUUUACUACUGGGUAAUCGUUGUAGUUGGGUUCCGAAUGAAACGAUGAUCAAAGCGUUACCUCACUCACUUUUGACUGAAGUUAAAAAAUUUUAUAAACCCGGAAUGUCUGUCACAGAGAUGGAAUAUCAUAUGGCGAAACUUACCGCUCCAUACAAAAUAAUUAAACACAAUAAGGAAGACAAUUCUAAGCCGGAUUAUGAGAUGUUCCUAUCAAGGAUUUUGGUAUUCACUCGAAAUUUGAACCUUCGAUGUAUACCGAAUGAAUAUCAGCAUAUAUUUCAUGACUAUGAUCCCACGAAUCUUCAGAAUCUGAAUACAUUUAAACAACUCAUCCUGAAAGAUGGAGUUACUUCUCACAGCUAUCCCGCUGAGUUCAUUCGUGUAAAUGCAAACUGUCCGACAAUUGGAAAGCUAGAGGAUUUCUCAAAUCAAUUUCUCUCAACACUUGAAUCGUCACUACUAAAGUUACAUAAACAAACAGUGGUAACUGAUGAUGUCGAGGUGAUGGAUCCAUUUAGACUAGCGUUUUUUGAGACGUAUAUGAGUUCAGUGGCUAGUUGUUUAUGUCCUCGACAUCUUUUAAAUAUACAGCAUGCUUUUAAAAACUUGACUGGACAAGUUGUUCAAAGUCAUCUGGUAUGUAAGAGUAUGAAGUCAGCUGAAUCUUCUGGGGAUUCUCAUCGGACAAUGGAAACUCUAGAUACACGAACAAGUCAUAAAGAUUCUACUAAUGAUGGGAUUUUGAUAAUUACUGGAUGUCGUGGAAGUGGGAAGACUACUCACCUGACUGCAUUAGCCAUGUUAUUGGCAAGAAUAGAUAGACAAUCCGCCGACAUGAAAUCAAAAACUCUGUCAAAAAUAAGUAGCUGUUCACAAAAAUCAAACUUAGAUCGAAAGUCAUUGGGAGAAUAUCAAAUCUUACUUCAUUUUUGCAAUGGCUUACCCAAUCAAAAUUUACCAGCAUGUCAACAGUUAUCUAUACUGCUGGAUAAUUGGAUUAUAUCAAUUACUGAUCAACUGCAUAGUAUUUUCAGCUCAUCUCCUAUUCAUAAAGCAUUUGUGUCGAAGAUAAAUAUGCAUUUGAGAUGUUUUCGUAAAGCAGGUGACUAUCAUAACUUGAAAUUAAAAAUGCUCUGCUUCAAAAAACUAAUCACUUUCUUGAAUAGUACGUCCGACUUGAAGUAUGUUUUUCUAAUUGAUGACAUUGACUACCUUGAUCCGUUGAUACUGGAUUGGUUACCAGUACAACUACCGAAAAAUUUAUACUUUAUCGUAACUUGUGAUUCUAACUCCAAAAUUGUUGAAAUGUUAACUUCUCGAUAUAACUGUUCACUAUUUCGCAUACAAGAGUUGACUGUAGAAGAAUGUCAUGCUGUUGCAGUGAAUCAUAUGCGUCAAAGUGAUGAAUUAUCUUUCAUUGAUUCUCAACUACAAAAUCAGAUUGCUUCUUUGAUUGCUCGGAAUGAGUCGAACAAUCUAUUGUAUUCUGACAUAGCCUUCAAAUAUCUGGAGUUAUGUAGAACUGAGGAUGAGGUGAAACAUCAUUUAGGAAUGUUCCCUGCCACAAUAGAUCAACUUGUGGAACAAAUUAUCAGGCAGGUUGAAUUAAAAUGUGGACGUAGUUUGACAUUCGCGGCCUUUGGUUUCUUGAUUUUCUGUCGACGUCCAUUGUCAACGAAAGACCUUUAUUUAUUACUAAAUGAAUGGCUAUCCACACCUCAGCGUGUAGAAGAAUGCGGAGCAACUUUGGAAAAUGAUCCAUUAAAGAUGCUUUCAGCAGUCAGAGACAAACCUAUGAACGUAGAUAGGGCUAUCAUAUUUGAAAGGAAUAUUAAAAUGUUUAUCGUAUUGCGGAAUUCCGAUACUAUUUUUGGCGUUGAGAAACCACAUCAACUGUACUUACCCUCAUUGAUGUUUCAUCUUCUUCUUGAUGAACUUCGACCAUUGCUUUCUUUCGCUAAGAAUACAUCAUCGUUCAGCUUAUCUGGAGAUAUGGCACUCAUUCAGAAAAUUUCAGCAUGGAAUCUGGGAACUGAGAAUCUAUCGUUUAUAAGUCAAUCUGUUCAGGAACUGGUGACUGACGUCUGCUUUAAAACACUAAUCAACUCUUCAGAUACACUUAACUCUGAUUUACAGGAAUAUGUCGAACCGCAUGCUGUUGGAAAGAUGUGUAGUAGUUUAAAUGAUGCCUUUAGUACCGCUAUUCACAGGAUACUGGCCAUAAUGUUACCAGAUCUGAAUGAAAAACUGCAUCAUUUUCUAUAUGCCGAUGAAUUAGAUGUCAUUUGUCAUCUUCUUACAAGUCCAGUUUUUAUUACUGAAGUUAUGCAACAAUCUCCUUCUACAGUGAUUGAAUGGCUUAGUGGUCGUUGUCCUACAAGUGAUUUAUGUGCACAGAGAAAGUGGAAAACAAAAUUAGAAUCAUGUCCUUUCUACGAUAAAAUUGAAAUGAUGCAGAGAUUUAUUCAAACAAACUAUGAUUUCUUAGUAAAAUAUCCAACUUCAUUUGGUGAACUAGCUAUCAAUCAAAAUUCUAAUGAUUGGAUUCAUACUUUAGGCCUAACUCUCUUAUCGCUUACUGAUGUUUUGCAAUCGAAUAGUUCAAUAAACAAUAACAAAACUCACAUGUUUUACCGCAUCAAUUCAUUGGAUCGUGCAUUAAUUAACCCCGCUAAACCAAAUAUGUUAUAUAAGCCAAUUUCAACUUUAAAUGGCUUUAUGGAUGUGCCUACAUGUGUUGAGAUAAAUCUAACUUCGAAUUUAUUAGUGUAUGGCACCAGGUGUGGUACAAUUAUUUUUACUGAUGCCUCAACUAAGCACGAAAUAUGUUCAUUUACUGGACAUCAUUCAAGUGUACAAAGUCUAUGUUUCCUACAACAUCCUUCUAGUCAAUUUGAAAGCAUCGAGUUGUCUCAAAUGUCAACUUUACAACUUUGGUUAGUAUCUGCAUCAGAAGAUGGUAGUGUUUUUAUCUGGGAUGUGUCUCACUUCAGUCAUUCUAUCGAAUCUAAGGUGUGUACAGUAACUAGUUUACAAGUAGCCGAUUUAUGUGGAUAUCAUCGUCGGUGUGUCACUACAUCUGCUUGGCAUCCUGGGCGUCAAAUAAUUGCUACUGGUGAUUUAGACUGUAUGGUCUAUCUAUGGGAUAUUGGUCAACUUGGAUUCGGAUCUUCUUCCAUAUCGAUACAGCGUGAUUCUGUAAAGCUGCAUCCAUUCAAGUCAUUGGAUAUUUUCAUUUAUCCAAUUAGUUCAAUCGCGUUUCGGUUGCCUGAUAUUACAAACGAUGAUCAAGUCGAUGUGAAACGCUCUCGGGAUGUUUUGGCUGUUGGAUGUUGGGAUGGGAUGGUUCACUUCUAUAGUUUACACUACCUGUCUGUUGUUAAGUCUUUGUCUGUAUCAUCUUCCUCCAUCUCUUCACUUGCAUAUUCUCCAAAUGGUGGAAAUAUCUUAGCUACAAUGAACAGAGAUGGUCAGCUAAUGCUUUGGAAUGAUGACAUACUUUGGUAUCAAGCUGGUUUACUACAAGAAUAUACAUUGAAUUUGGAUGAAUAUUUUCCGAAAUAUAAUGAGUCGCCUGCUCUAAUUCCAACUCAGUCGGGGAAGAUAUGCUUCUCAAAACCGCAUGGCCGGUUUAUUUUUCAAACUGGUGGUGGCCAAUUCUUGGAUAAUUAUAUCAACAUCUGGGAUACUGGGCUUUGGGCGGAGUUUGUUCCAUGGAUUGAUAUUAAACCUUGCGAAAGUAAUAACACAAAAAACCCAGCAUUCGUUACAUGUUCGACAAUACUUCUUUCACAUUAUCAUUUGAUCUUGGGUUGGAGUAAUGGUGAUUUAACUGUUGUUCACAUUUAUGAUGGUCAGAUAGUGUACAGAUUGAAUUCGCCUGAAGAGGAUAAUUCUUCUGUCCAAUGCAUUGCAUCUAACAGUGUAGUACUUCAGUCAGAAUACUCUGGUUAUCUUAUUAUUGCUGGUUAUUCAUCCGGUGCUGUUAGGAUAUAUGUAUGUACACUGAAGCCAAAAAUUAAACCCAAUCAAAAUCAUUACGUUUACAUAUCACCUUCUGCAGUAUCUGAAAUACAUUUUACCCUAAUUGAAACUUUAUUGUCACAUUCUACUACUGAUCGUAAUAUAAAUUGUAUUACUGAGACUCAUCUCACUGGUACUUUAUGCGUAGCAGCUGAUUUCUGUGUAGCUGUUUCUGGUGGUGAAAAUUCUCAAGUAUGGUUACAUUUUAUUGGUCGUCGAACUGGAAGUAAAAUUGUGAAAUCAGUUUGUUUAACAGAGCACAAUGCUCCAGUGACUGCAAUUAGUUUGGAAACAAAACAUUUUGCAACAGUUUCUCAAAACAGACAGCUGGCAGUGUUUAAAUAUGAUCAAAGAGAGCGAACUGUGGCCUUGAUGCAUCUAAUCAGUGAUGCUUGUAAAUCUCCUAUCACUUGUUUAUCGUUAUCACGUGUAUUCAUAGGUAUAAAAACAAUCAGCGUAUCUGUGUAUAUCAGUGAUAAUGACAAUCUGCUGCAUAAUUAUACAAUAAAAGAUGAUGCAUAUCAAUUGAAACAAACACUUAUUGCGAAUAAGUCCCCAAUUACAUCUAUGGACCUUGCAACAAGACAACUGAUUGCUGCAUCAGAUGACGGUGAAGUUAGUGUAUGGAAAUUUGGUAAAUAUGGAGCUUUAACACUAUCUUAUCGUCUAAAUGUUCAAGUUGAUUUGGAGCCUGUGAAUAGCGUUCUCAGUGAAAAAGUGGUUAAAUUAGUUAAUAUAGAAAUAUUUUCUGAUUUUGAUCGAUCUUGGGAAUUCGGCACAAAGCUGUAUCCUGCAUCGUCUGAAGUGUUGGAUAAACCGGAAUCACAAGGUGAAGACGGUGAUGACACUGCGUUGGAUCCAGACGCUGAAAUUACUACACCCAGUGAGGCUGAUGCUACACCGAGUACUUAUGUAACUGGUUCUGAGCAAGAGAUUUUCGAGUGUGGAUAUACUCUAACUACCAGUAUUGGAGAAAUGGAUGAGAUACAUAAUCUGGAUAAUGAUAAAUGCUUUCAUGUACUCAAUUCAUCUAGGAAAGGAGAUUUAGUUUGGCGUGAUAAUUCAAGCAACGCAAUAACACGAUUAUUGUAUGGAAUAAAUGUAUCAUCAUCUAAUGAAGUGCAAGAUUUCCGCUACCGAAUUUUUGCACCGUUUAUGUUACAAUACCGUGGUUCACUGAGUGGACAUUCAGGAUUGAUUCCGUGCGCGUUGACAUCUGAAUGUUCAUCUAAUAAUGAUGAGGACUGUGUACUUGUCACUGCUGCCGGUCAAACAGUUAAUGAUGUAGGAUGUGAUAUUAAGCUUUGGAGUAUACCUUUGAAGAAUCAAUGCUUAAACUGUCAACCAAAUGAGCAUUCUGGACGAAUCACUUGUUUAAGUCAGCUAAGAAUUACACCUGAUUACAGUAUUUGUAUAUCUGGUUGUAUAGAUGGAAGUUUAAUGUUUUGGUCUAUCAAAAAAUCGAAUACUGAAAUGAUAUCACCUGCUGUAUUCUUGCAUAAUGUCCCUUUUCAAUGUAAACCAUUAGCACAUUUAUUCUGUUCAGCAAUACGACCAAAAUAUCCUAUCUCUGAUAUUAUGACACAAAUUUAUGCCGAAAAUGAAUUAAAUCAGUCAAUAGUGCAUUACUUUAUUUUUAUUGCUUAUGGGACAAAAUUAUGGCGAAUGCAUAUUGUACUGAAUCAUUUGAAUCAGUCUACAGAAAGCAUAGAGAAUACUUUUGAACAAUUACUGUCUACUAAAGGUAGAAAUGGUUUACCUCUAAUAGAAUUGGAUGUGUUUUGGUCAUCUACAACAGAUACUACUACUAUUAUUCGUUGUGAAAUCGGCAGCUUCACCGCAAGUCAUCCCAUUGCAAGAAUAUGCUCUUGUGAUAAUAAACCUAAUAAACUGGAACAAUGUCAAGUUGUAGCUGCACUUGUCAAUGGAGACGUCAUUAUUGUCACUAGUAAUGAACGUGAAAGCUUUACAUUUGAUCAGAGCGUUGUACAAAAUGGGUUAAUGUGCUCAUCUAUAAACAAUUGCAGUUCUGGGAUUCUUGCUGCACAUUCAGGCAUAGCCUUACUCUGCAAAUAUUUCGAUGAGAGUCGUAUGUUUAAACCUUUCCCAGGGUAUAUUGGUUCAUGUGAAAAAGAAGUAUGGAUUCAUUCAGUUAGUCAACUGGAAAACAGUUCACUUUUGGAUGGGAAUAAUACAUUUUAUUUAGCCGAGUGUAAAAUGGAAUAUAGUUGGAAAAUUAUUGUUUUUAACACUAGUGGUGACCUCGUGUCAGAUUUUACGCUCCAGAAUUCAUCAGUAACUGUAACAGCAUAUUGUGCAAUAUCGAUGCCUACUAAAGAUAAUUGUUCAAAUAUGUAUUUGGUUCUAGCGACAUCAGACAAUAUAUUGCGCCUGUUACAGUGUAGACUGAACAGUUCUACUCAGACUGUUUCAAAUCAAUGGAAACAGGUCGCUGUUUAUUCAACUAAAGCACAAGUGGAUAAAAUUCUUAUUGUCAACACGAAUCCUCUAAUAAUUCUCUGCGGUGAUCGACAAGGCCAAAUUGAUUGCUAUGCAGUGUUGUAAUAAUUUUCUUUGCCAAUGAUUUCUUUUUUGAUUUUCUUUGGUUCCCUUCAUUACAUAUCAUCAAUUUAAUUUUCACAUAAUUUUAAUGUCAUGCUUUCUGUGUACAAUUGUUUGUUUUUAAUUAAAUUACUUUCUUAUACGUGAACCUUGUAGCUAGUGCAUACGCUUUUUUGACAAAAAUCAAACAAAGUAUAACUUCUUUUAAAGUCCACAUGUGUGUAUGCCAACACUGAAACUUGAUCUUGCCCAAGUUUAUUCAUUGUUUUGUGUUCUUUGCCAAAAACUCAUCUACUACUGUAUUAGAGCUUUAGUGAAUUAGUUUCAUACGAGGUUCUCAGUUCACCGAAGACAAUGGUUACAAUCCUUUUUAAGGUUUUCCGUUUUCAGACUUGUUGGGUUG